AUGCGGGGGGCAGCGAGAGCGGGCGCCCGCGGGCCGGGGCCCUUCCUGGGUCGCGGCGUACCCUGCACAAAGCCCAGGGUGGGCGGAGGCCAAACCUCGGGGACUCCGGCCGCCCUCACUCGCGCUGCCCGGAGAAGGCCGCGCUCCAGGAGUGGCCUCCGUUCUAAAGGCCGGCGAGGAGUGAUGACCACGGGGUCGGAGCGCAGAGUUCUGCCUUGCAGGGACACUGCCCUUCUCCAGGAGAGAAGCCACACGCAGGAAGCCGCAGGGACGGGAGCUGACCCGAAAGCCAUGUCACAGGGCCUGGUGACAUUUGGGGAUGUGGCUGUAGAUUUCUCCCAGGAGGAAUGGGCAUGGCUGAGCACCACACAAAGGACCCUAUACAGGAAGGUGACACUGGAGAACUACAGAAACCUGGCAUCACUGGGACUUUGUGUUUCUAAGCCUGCUGUGAUCUCCUUAUUGGAACAAGGGAAAGAGCCCUGGAUAGUGAAGAGAAAGAUGACAAGAGGUGGGUGCCCAGAUUUGAAUGCUGUGCGGGAGACCAAGGAGUCACCUCUAAAGAAGGACUCCUAUGAAGAAAAGUUAUCCCAGACCAUGCUAACAGACAGUCUCACAAACUGUAGCCUGGAGUACUCUGUGCUGGAGGACAACUGGGAUUAUGGAGCUCUGUUUGAGACACAGCUGGGCUUGACAACCAUCACUGACAUGGCCAUCAUCUUUUCCCAGCAACUAGACCCAACUCAGAAGCAUUUCUGGAAUGUAAUGUGGGAGAACCAUGAUGACCCAGGUUCAGUAGGGUACUGUGUUUCCAAGCCAGCCUUAGUGUCUCUACUGGAGCAAGGGAAGGAGCCCUGGGUGGUGAAAGGACAGCUGGCAGGAGGCCUAUUCUCAGGCCAGCAAUCUGUAUGUGAGAUCAAGGAGUUAUUUCCAAAGCAGGACUCAUAUGAUGAAGGGGUAACAGAUAGAACCUCAAAUGUUAAACUGGAGAGUUCCACUUUCAGAGAAAAUUGGGACUCUGAGUGUAUGUUUGAAAGGAGGCUAGUACAUCAAGAGACACAAUACAGGCAAGAGCCAAGUGCUCAUAACAAAACUUACCCUAAGGAAAGACAGCAUAUGUAUAAUAAAUCUGGAAGAUGGUUCUAUUUGGAAGAUUCAGAAGAGAGAGUUCAUAAUCAUGAUUCAGUUAGAAGUUUCAAAAAAAAUUCAAUUGUAAUAAGGCAAACAGGUAUCUAUGCAGGAAAAAAACUUUUCAAAUGUAAUGAAUGUAAAAAAACUUUUACUCAGAGCUCAUCCCUUACUGUUCAUCAGAGAAUCCACACUGGAGAGAAACCUUAUAAAUGCAAUGACUGUGGAAAGGCCUUUAGCGAUGGCUCAUCCUUUGCACGACAUCAGAGGUGUCACACUGGCAAGAAGCCCUAUGAGUGCAUUGAAUGUGGGAAGGCUUUCAUACAGAACACAUCCCUCAUUCGUCACUGGAGGUACUAUCACACUGGUGAGAAGCCUUUUGAUUGCAUCGAUUGUGGGAAAGCCUUUAGUGACCACAUAGGGCUCAACCAACAUAGGAGAAUUCAUACUGGAGAGAAACCUUACAAAUGUGAUGUGUGUCAUAAAUCAUUUCGAUAUGGCUCAUCCCUCACUGUACAUCAAAGGAUUCACACAGGAGAAAAGCCCUACGAAUGUGAUGUCUGUAGAAAAGCUUUUAGCCAUCACGCAUCACUCACUCAACAUCAAAGAGUACAUUCUGGGGAAAAGCCUUUUAAAUGUAAGGAAUGUGGGAAAGCUUUCAGACAGAACAUACACCUUGCUAGUCAUUUGAGGAUCCAUACUGGGGAGAAACCCUUUGAAUGUGGGGAAUGUGGGAAAUCCUUCAGCAUCAGUUCCCAGCUUGCUACUCAUCAAAGAAUCCAUACUGGAGAGAAGCCCUAUGACUGUAAGGUUUGCAGUAAAGCAUUCACCCAGAAGGCUCACCUUGCACAACAUCAAAAAACUCAUACAGGAGAAAAACCAUAUGAGUGUAAGGAAUGUGGUAAGGCCUUCAGCCAGACUACACACCUCAUUCAACAUCAGCGAGUUCACACUGGGGAGAAACCCUAUAAAUGUAUGGAAUGUGGGAAGGCCUUCGGUGAUAAUUCGUCCUGUACUCAACAUCAGAGGCUUCACACUGGCCAAAGGCCUUAUGAAUGUAUCGAAUGUGGGAAAGCAUUCAAGACAAAAUCAUCCCUUAUUUGUCAUCGAAGAAGUCACACUGGGGAGAAGCCAUACGAAUGUAGUGCGUGUGGCAAAGCCUUUAGUCACCGUCAGUCACUCAGUGUGCACCAAAGAAUUCAUUCUGGAAAGAAACCAUAUGAAUGUAAGGAAUGUAGGAAGACCUUCAUCCAAAUCGGACAUCUUAAUCAACAUAAGAGAGUUCACACUGGAGAAAGAUCCUGUAACUAUAAGAAAAGUAGAAAAGUUUUUCGGCAGACUGCACACUUAGCCCAUCAUCAGCGAAUUCACACUGGGGAGACAUCAACACACCCCCCUUCACCUUCCACAGCAAAUCCCGUGGGCCUAUUUCCCAAAUUUCUCUGGACUCCAUCCUCCCUCCCAUCACCAUAGUCUCCUGGUAUUUCUCCACUCAGCUGCUCCUGAACAUCCCAGCCCCCUGCUCUUUGUCUUGUUUUCAUUCCUUACUAGUUUGUUC